CAUAUUAUUAAAUAAUUCUUUUUAUAUACUUUGAUAUAUUGGUAGUCAUGGAUUACAUGAUAAGGCUUUGUCUCUUAUAUUUCUUAGUUAGUGAUGAAGUCAUAGAUUACUAAACUAGAUAUUCUUGUCAGAACUAUUUGACAUUGAACCCAAGUCUUGAAUAUUUUAGCUAUAUGAGAUUGACUUAACAUCUGGGUAUUCUUGAAUCUUGAUGGAUUUUAUGGGGUGAUCUAUCCGAGUCUAAUCGUGAUUCUAAGGUGAUUACUGGAUAGUUCCAACUUGAGAAUAAGGAGUGUUCAGUUUCUCUGAUUGGUAUAAUGGCUUCCAAUGGUACCAUAGGACAGACUUGUCCACAUCCAAUGAAGGCUACUUCAAAUGGAGUCUUCCAAGGAGAUAAUCCUCUUGAUUUUGCACUCCCUCUUGCCAUUCUGCAGAUUUGUGUGGUUUUAAUUGUCACUCGGGGUCUUUCUAUUUUGUUAAGGCCGUUAAGACAACCUCGAGUGAUCGCAGAGAUUGUUGGAGGAAUUUUACUUGGACCAUCAGCUCUGGGAAGAAACAAGGACUAUCUGCAGGCAAUCUUUCCACCUAAGAGUAUCACAGUAUUGGACACUCUUGCUAAUCUUGGUCUUCUGUUCUUUUUAUUCCUUGCUGGCCUGGAAUUGGAUCCUAGAUCCCUUCGUAGGACUGGAAAGAAUGCCCUUGCCAUUGCUAUGGCAGGAAUUGGCCUCCCAUUUACAAUAGGAAUUGGUACAUCAUAUGUCCUUCGACAGACCAUUGCGAAAGGUGUGAAUGGGACUGCAUUUUUCGUAUUUAUGGGUGUUGCCCUUUCAAUUACUGCUUUUCCUGUCCUUGCCCGAAUACUGGCAGAAUUGAAACUUUUAACAACAGAUCUUGGGAGAAUGGCUAUGUCAGCCGCAGCAGUCAAUGAUGUUGCUGCAUGGAUUCUACUUGCCCUCGCUGUUGCACUAUCUGGCAACAAUGUCUCUCCUAUUGUCUCGUUUUGGGUCUUUCUUUCUGGGUGUGGUUUUGUCGUUUGUUCGUUUCUCAUUGUCCCACCAAUAUUUAAAUGGAUAGGCAAGCGUUGCCAUCAAGGUGAACCAGUGGAUGAGACAUAUAUUUGUGCUACAUUAGCAAUUGUGCUUGCAGCAGGGUUUGUUACUGAUGCUAUUGGAAUUCAUGCCAUGUUUGGAGCUUUUGUGAUAGGAAUCCUUGUUCCAAAGGAUGAGCCCCUUGCAGGUGCACUAGUGGAAAAGGUUGAGGAUCUUGUAUCUGGACUCUUCCUUCCUUUAUACUUUGUUUCAAGUGGACUGAAAACGAAUGUAGCUACAAUUCAGGGGCUUCAAUCAUGGGGUCUUCUGGUGUUGGUCAUAAUCACAGCUUGCAUUGGAAAGAUUGUCGGAACUGUUCUGGUUUCUCUUUCCUGCAAAAUGCCUCUGACUGAGGCUCUCGCAAUGGGGUUUCUAAUGAACAGUAAAGGUUUGGUUGAGCUCAUCGUCCUCAACAUUGGCAAAGAUAGAAAGGUACUGAAUGAUCAGACAUUUGCUAUUAUGGUUCUAAUGGCUCUCUUUACAACUUUCAUCACCACUCCAAUAGUCAUGGCCAUUUAUAAGCCUUCUAGAAGAGGAAGAAAAACUGAUUACAAGCACAGAACAAUUGAGAGGAAAAACUCAAACACGCAACUUCGGAUAUUGGCUUGUUUCCAUAGCUCUAGAAGCAUCCCUUCUAUUAUAAAUCUUCUAGAGGCUUCCAGAGGAAUGGAUAAGCGUGAGGGACUAUGUGUAUAUGCGAUGCACCUCAAGGAGCUCUCAGAGAGGUCUUCAGCAAUAUUAAUGGUACACAAGGCUAGAAGGAAUGGCUUACCCUUUUGGAACAAAGGAUUGCGUACAGAUUCUAACCAAGUAGUUGUGGCUUUUGAGACAUUCUGUCAGCUAAGCCAGGUGUCUGUAAGGCCAAUGAUAUCAAUAUCUUCUCUCUCUGACAUGCAUGAAGACAUUUGCACAACUGCUGAGGGUAAGCGAGCAGCAAUCAUUAUUUUGCCAUUCCACAAGCACCAAAGGUUGGAUGGCUCUUUGGAGACCACUCGAACUGACUUCCAUGGAGUCAACAUGAGGGUUCUCAAGCAUGCUAUGUGCUCAGUAGGGAUAUUUGUUGAUCGUGGACUUGGUGGAACAACGCAUGUGCCUGCAAGCAAUGUCUCCUACUCUGUAACCGUCCUCUUUUUUGGUGGUCGUGACGAUCGUGAAGCCCUUGCUUACGGGGCACGCAUGGCUGAGCACCCCGGCAUCAGAUUGACCGUAAUCCGAUUCAUAGUUGAAUUAGAGUCUCUUCGAGAAAUUAUCCCAGUUGAGAGAAAUGCUGAUCUUUCUGCUAAAUUGGUUUCUCAAGACGAUGAGUUUUUAACUGAAUUCAAGGACUCACAGUCCAAUAACUGCUCUAUAACAUACGAGGAAAAGUUUGUCAGAAAUGUUGCGGAAACCGUUGGCAUUAUUGGUGAACAUAAUCGAUGCGAUCUGUUUCUGGUCGGCCGGUUGCCUGAGGGUGAACUAGCUUUAGCUUUGAAUAGGAACACUGAAUCCCCAGAAUUAGGACCUGUCGGGUGUUUGUUGACCUCAUCAGAAUUUUCAACAACAGCCUCCGUGUUGGUGGUACAACAAUAUUACGAAAACCUGUCUACAGAUUUUGGGGAUCUGCUUGACAGAGAUACAGGUCCAAUCUGAGUGGCUUUAAGGUCUUUCUAAAAAUUAGGUUGCCACACAGGCACACACUAUAACAUAACAGUUUCAUAGAUUUGUUUCUAUAAGUACAGUAUUGAAACCGAUUAGGUUUGAUCUUAAAGUGCAAACUAUACUUCAUUGUCAUAACAUGACCUGAAUUUGUGCCUCAAAAUUAAGUUGGGGAACUCACUGUAUCUGAUGAAUAAAACAUGUUCUCAAUUGUGUCAAUAAAUAUGUUGGAAGAUUUUGACUUGUUUAA